AUGUAAUGUAAUUGCUUCUCGUAUUUGCUUGGGGGCGCCAAGUGUGCUACUGGCGCCGCGCGCACGUAAACGCCGAAAUUAAAUUUAGGUUAACUUUGUAAGUAAACAACGAAGAAAUGAAUAAUUUAGUCCUACCAAAAGAUAAAACACCCGAAUUCACAUCGACUGAUGAAACUAGUUUACUGGUGGUCAUUCUUGAUAGUAAUCCGGGUCAAAAAAUGCUUCGUGAUCAUCCUCACGCCUUAACGCAUUGCGUGGACUCUGUUAUUGCCUUCUCCAAUUCUCAUUUGAUGCAAAAGUCGCAAAACAAAUUGGCCGUCAUGGCCUGUCAUUCAAAAACAAGUCAAUUUAUAUUUCCUGGACCUGGGAAGCCCUUGGAUAUCCGACAAGUAGAUGGACAGUACGAGGUGUUCACGAUGGUGGAAAGAACGAUAAAACAAAACUUAACCAAAUUGUUAAGCACAGAAAACCCAAACAUAGUGACUGAAUCACUUUUAGCUGGUGCAAUCGCUAUGGCUCUGUGUUACAUUGCAAGGAUACAAAGGACCAAACAACCAGGAAUUAAAAUAAACAAUAGAAUUUUAGUAGUGACAGGAAGUGGUGAUUCUGCCUCACAGUAUAUGAAUUAUAUGAACGUCUUCUUUACGGCGCAAAAACAAAAUGUUGUCAUUGAUGUUUGUGCAUUGGAUCAACAUUUGAGUCUGUUACAACAGGGCUGUGAUAUAACAGGUGGUUUGUAUUUGAAAUGUCCGCAGUUACAAGGAUUAUUACAAUAUUUACUGUGGGUGUUUUUACCAGAACCACCUAUUAGACAAAAAUUAGUUUUGCCUCCUCCUGUUAAGGUUGAUUACAGGGCUGCUUGUUUUUGUCACAGGGAAUUAAUUGAUAUUGGAUAUGUUUGUUCUGUUUGUUUAUCAAUAUUUUGCAAGUUUAGUCCAAUUUGCACAACUUGCCAGACUGUAUUUAAAAUACCCGGACCAUUAGCGAUAAAAUCAAAAAAGAAAAGGAUUAAAAUGUAACUUUUUUCGUAAAUUUUAUUAAUAUAUAAGUAUUAUUACCAAA